GCGAGACGUGGGAGGGCGAAAGUCUCGGCGGUGGUCGGUUUAUUGAUUGAACAUGAAACGACGCAUCGAACCGCGCAAGCUCGCCGUCCGCCCUGAAUGAAGUGACGUGCUCUCUCGCAUAUGGAGACGCGAAUAGAACGACGAUAGAAUCGUCGUGCAUCUCGUGUGCGGACAGCCCUCGGCAGCCGAGCAGCAGCGACGACGACUACUACGAGAGGAUGCUCCUUCGGCGGGGCUGCACUUGGCUGACGCUGAUGCCGCUCCUGCUAAGUCUGUCUAUCGGCGAACUCAGCUUCUAUCGAAAUGCGCUCCCGGAGACGUCAUCGAUGUCGGACGACAUCGCGCUGAAGCACCUGAUCCAUUAUCUGGAGGCGCAUCGUCUUCAGCAGCGUCUUCAUCGCUCGCAUCUGACCACGUUUCUAUCGCCUGUGCACAAGAAGCACAGCGAUUUUCAGCAACUGAACCGUCAGGAGGAACGCCUCAUCGAGUAUUUAACCGACAGGAAGGCCGCCGAGGAGAGCCUGAAUCAGAAGUUGAACGCAUGGCUGAAGCAUUAUUAUCAUCCGCCCAAUUAUCACGAUUCGAUCGCCGACCAGAUCGUGAAACAGAAUUCAGAAUACUUUCGCAAUCUAGAUCACAAGUACUCGGACUAUCCCGAAGAAAAGCAGCCAGACGAGAUGAACAGUAACGGUCACUUCUCCAAGGAUCUUGAGUACAGACAGACCUUCAAUGUGGAUAGAGGAAGAGCGAUGGACGAAUCUGUUGUGGACACUUUUCACAAGUAUAUAGAUCACAAUCCCGCGGGCAUCUCGUGGCAUCACGAGGGCGGAAGAAAAACAGCACGACCGACAGAGGCCACCGAGCCGGAAUUUACGUACGAGUUUGACAACUCGAAUCUCGAGGAGAAACAUCCGUUUGCGGUGGCUCCGAACGAUCCCAGAUACUACGACAAAGCGCCGUUUUCAUCAGACGACGUAAAUCGACAAGAGGAAGAGGCGGUUAAGAAAGAGUCAAUAAUGAUAAAGCAUGAGGACGAUAUUCGAAAUAUCGACCAGACACCGAAGGAAUUGAUCGUACGACUUGAUACCGGAUCGAAAUCAGACAGAUCAGAGGGAUAUCAUCCGUUGAUAGAGCCUAUGAAUUAUAACUUAAAUAAUGAUAUCUAUUUCAUCGCCAUAGUUGCCGGUUGCAGCGCAGCAGCGAUGUUCGCUCUGGUAUUGAUCAGUUUAACAUGGUGCAGACUACAACGUGGUGCGAAAGCUGCAGCGGAUAUAGAAUAUCCUGCUUAUGGCGUAACAGGACCGAACAAGGAUGUGUCGCCUUCCGGUGACCAGAGACUCGCCCAGUCCGCCCAGAUGUACCAUUUCCAACAUCAGAAACAACAAAUUAUCGCCAUGGAAAAUCGCACUUCUGCAACAAGAGACCCAGGUUCCCUUUCGGAAGCAGAAAGCGACGAGGAGAACGAGGAGGGUGACUACACCGUUUAUGAAUGCCCGGGACUUGCUUCUACGGGCGAGAUGGAGGUGAAGAACCCGAUGUUCCAUGACGAUCCUACUCCAGCGACACCGGCUGUGCAAAGCAACAACAAAGAAGAGGACCACAUAUAGUUUCAGUAAAGUAGAAAAAGAGAAAAAAUCAACCACGCGCGCGCAAUUUCGAAGAAAUCUUCCCUGGUGCUUAGCUCACUGUUAAUGUACCAUAUCGGAAAUGUUUAUCUAUUAUAUUUGAGUGUAUACACAACUUUAAUAUUUAUAUAUGGGGCGAGGGGCAAUGUAUUUUACGAGAGAGGGAGGAAUCGAUUCGAUACUAGAAUGACCGAUGUUCAACCCUUCGUUCCGGAAAUAAGAUAACAUUUAUCAGCGUCUAUUUACAUUGAUACGUGAAAUCGAAGCACGGUAAUCAAAGUCAACAAGGAUGCAUCAGUGUAAUUCCAUGUGAAUUGAAUUGAUCUUACAAAAUCUCAAUAAAGAGAUUUCGAAGAAAUUUAAUUCUAAAAAUUACGUUUUUUUUAGAUAAUUAUAUUCCGAAGGCAAUUAUUAAAAAAAACACUAUGUAUGUACCAUUUUCUUUCUGCGCCGCGCAAAACGCUACAUCGUUUCUUCUAGUAUUGAAGCAUUAAAUUGUCGACAGCGCUUUUAUGAGUUAAAGUAAUGAGAAUUCUCUAAAAAGGACGACGAAUCGACGUGCAAAAUGGCUCGUCUGUCAGAGAACACCCAACUGUUUUCUAAUGUUGUGACGUACUAUAGUUUGUACUUUCAUA